AUGGAAGAUAUGAAGAAUAAUCAGAUUGAAAUUCAAAAUACUCAAAAGAGCAAUAGAGUUUCUACUUCCAAUAAUAGAAACUAUUCGAAAGCUAUUCAUUAUGGUGUUAUUCUUCCUGAAGAAAGAAGAAUAAUUAAAGAAGAAAGAAAGAUCGAGAGUUUAAGUUUAGAAAAUGAAAAAAUAAGAAAAGAAAGAAAACAACAACAUGAAAUUACUAAUCAAUCAUUUAUGGAAUUAUGUUCCUUAAAUGAAAGAGUUUCCAAACAAAGAACUCUAUUAUCAGAAACGAUUGAAAAAGUAAUUUUUCAAUCUAAAGAGCUAUUCAUUCAUCAAUCUAUUCAAGAGGGAUAUUUUAUUAUGAAGGGACAAAUAUCAACAUGUCACAAUUUUAUUAAUGAAAAUUUACCAAAUUUAGUUUUGGAUAUUGGAAUUAGAGAACACAUUGAGCAUGUUAAUAGUUUACUAUAUUAUAUUGGAUCGGUGGUAGAAGCAAUUAAUUUGGAUAGUUACUUGAUAAAUCUCAAUAGUUACAUGCAAUUAUUGGAAGAAAAAUUAGAAAAAUUGAAAGAAUUUAUUGGAAACUAUUUAAACGAAAUUUAUUCACAAAAUAAUGAAGCUGUUUAUGUAAAAAAUACGGAAGAAAUUCCAAACUAUAUUGGAAAUGCUUUGGGUAAAAUAGUAUCAGGAACGAAUUUUGAACGAAAUUCAAAAAUAGGAUUGGAGCUCGUUACAAAACAAUUACAAAACAUUACUUUUUCUUUAAUUUCCUCUGUUGGAAUUAGUAAUACUGAAUUAUCAUCCAGCUUGGGUAAUGCUAUGGAAAAUUUAGAACAGGAAAGAAAGUACUUGGAUGACAUUUCUGCAAAUUUUAAAAAUUUAAUUCCAAAAGAAAUUCAGAUUACAAUUUUUCAUUUAUUUCAUGAUUAUUAUAUUCAAUAUUCUACAUGUGAAAUGUUCAUUCAAGAUAGAAUACCAUUUAUCAUUGAAAAGUUUGAAGAGUUGCAAAGCCAAGUUGAAGUUAUGAAUAAUUAUCCUCAGUUGAGCUCUCAAUUGACCAAUUUACUUAUUAGAAAGACAACAUUGAGAAGUAAAAUGAAUACCUUAGAUAUUGAAGGAAUCAAAAGUGCAUUAGAAAUCGCCAAGAAGGGAAAUAUGCCAGAAAUGGAAAUCUUAAAGUUUGAAAACAAACUAAGAAAGAAGGAGAGUCAGGUUCCUAAAUAUCAAGAAGAAUGGAGGAAUAUUUACGAACAAUUGAGAGAGCUCAAAACUAAAUUCAUUCAACUUGAAGGAUUAGGAUUUAAAAUAGACCUGCUUUCAGAUCCAAGUUUUGAUGAAAUUGAAGAAAAUGAUUUAUUUGAACCAUUGAACGAAAGGAAACUUCAAGAUCAAGUUAAAUUCAUUGAAAACCAGUCAAAACAAUUGAAAGAAUAUGAGCAACAAUUGAAUAAUUUGAAACUUAACAUGACAAAUGAACAUGCUGAGCUCGAGCAGAAAAUUAAAGAACUAGAACAGAAGAAGAAACAAUUAUCAAGAGAAAGUUCAAAGGAAAGAGAGGAAUUAUCAAAACAAGUGGAAAGGUUGAAGAGAAAGGAAAAGAAACUUGAAAAGAUGGAGAAGGAAAUGAUUGAAAACAAGUCGAAACAAUUGAAUAUUGGGUUGCCUCGUUAUUGGAAACGAAAUAGUUUUAAUAGAUUUGCAGACAGAUACAACACUGUUGAUGUAACAAGUCAAUUGAAAGAUAUUAUACAAGAAAUAAUGAAUGUUUCUUCUAACUCGAAAACACUUGGAUCAGGAAGAGAUCAACUCUACAAAAUGAAAUAUUCGAAACUAGUCAUAUCAAGUGUUUACAGAAUUGAAAAUCCUUCCCUUUACAGUGCCUACAAGAUACGAGAAAAUCACAUUUCUUCUUAUCAAGAUCCACUCAAUCCCAUUCAAGUCCAAACUGAAAAUUUCACAACAUUGAAAUCUCCUGCUUUUGAAUGGCUCAAGUCAACUGGAUUGAACACAUCAAUGAAUGAAAAGUAUUUGUGGCAUGGUACCAAACAUGAAUAUGUGAAUACCAUUUCAGAGCACGGAUUUGAUGAAAGAGUUGCCAGUUUAGCUGGUCUCUUUGGAGCUGGAGUAUACUUUGCUGAAUAUUGUUCCAAAUCAGAUCAAUAUUCUACUCCAGAUACUAAUGGCGAGUAUUACAUGUUUUUGUGUAGGGUUGUGUUGGGAAGACAGAUCUAUUAUACACCUAUGGGAAUGACAAAUCAGAGAAGACCACCAGAGAUUAAUGGAUCCAACAGAAGAGUGUAUGAUUCAGUGAUUGGUCAAUCGAAUAGUUCUAAUUCUUCAUAUAGAGAAUUUAUUGUCUAUGAUAGAUAUCAAUGCUAUCCUGAAUAUUUGAUUAAAUAUAGGAGAGAAUAAAUUAUUUCACUUUCGUUU